ACAUUAUUUUCCUUUUCAUUGAAUUCUCUAUUUACAUUACUCAUAUUAUUGAUAAGUAGUAUCUUGAAGCUUUUUCGGGAAAAUUGGCAAGUGCUCUAGAAUUAUCUCAUGGGUUGAAUCCUUUUUUAUCUUGAAGUGUAUUAAAGUCAGUAAAACUUAUCACGGGCCAACUUUUUGAUGAGUGUUUUAAAGUAAAACAUAUAUGUACCAUGUGGUUUUUUUAAAUUGUUGUUUUGGUGUUUUGUUUUUAUUUUGUUUUACAUGUAUGUAUUUGUUUUUGUUUAUUUGUGUUUUUGUUUUUGGUUGAAGUGUUUUGAAAUGUAAAAUAUUGCACGAACUGGUCUUAUAGGUUACUGAUAUUUGACAAGCCAAUGAUUUUCGGCCCGCUUCUUUCGAGGGACGGGUGGUGACGUAUAAUAGGCUAGUUUAAAACCAGAGACUUGACAAAAUAUUUGUAAAGAGCAAAGCUGACCAAAAGACUUAAAAGUUGCGAAGAUGGAAUGUCGGGAAUAAUAUAUUUACGCAAUAACAGAACCGCGAAGUCGCACCUCAAAAUAUUCUGAAUCCGCCUAAAAUAAUUAUCCCUGCCCGCAGUACACGGAUUUGAGCUUCCGUAAAAUUUAAAUGCCGGGCAAGUUAUUUUGAAAACAGAAAUCUUUAGGAAAACAGUGUUUUGUGACAGAAUGGGGGUGUGUCAUGCACCGUAUAGGAUUUACUCGAUAUGGACCAGUGAGCUUCAAAAUGGAGUGAAAGAGCCGAGGGAUAUCAAAGCAAGAGAGAGUGCACGAAAGACAAAGCCUAUAGUGUGAAUGAAGUCGCGCUUUGGCGGAAUCUGAAGAGUUGAUGAUUAUUGAAUCCCAAGUAGAGAAACAGACAAUUAAGCAGAUGACUUAGAUAUGAAUGGAAAACAAAAUGUAGGCCGAACGCGCCCGGUGCCAGAGGAAAAUGACAACGGUAUAGAGCUGUCGUCUGCUGUGGCGGAUAAAAAGGCGCGCGAACAUCCGCGCGACGAUCACAAAACCAGACGACACAGAGAGAAAAGGAAUGUGCUAGAGGAUGGAAAUGCAUUAAAUAUCAAAACCAAGACGAAUGAAGGAAGGAGCGGGACAGAGAGUAGGUCUCCUAAGCGAGUCAGCCCCAGCUCCCCACAGCGGAACUUUUUGAAUAAUAAUGUAAGAUAUGUUCAUAAUCGAUUCAUAGUCUUAGAUACACCGGACAAUAGUGUAAAUUUGCCAAAAUCAUCAGGGACCAAACGCGGUGUUGAUAAUCCACAAAUGCGAAUGGCGGAAGGUUCCGAUGGUGCUUUUGCCGAUGAGGCACAGACAGGCAGACUCGCCGAAAGGUCCAGGGGUAAUCGUCGAAACAUGACAAUGGACGCCUCCUCUGUUACCAUGGAUGGGCGCGAAAUCGAGAUCUGUUUGACUGACCCUGAAAAUUCAAAUAUGACCAUACACUCCCAGGACAAACCCAAAAGUAUUUGGAAGCGGAUAUAUCUGUGUUUGCAGGACAAUCGAAUGAAGAACCUAGACUCUGGGGAAUUGCUGAAUAACCCAAACGAAUACCGCGUGCUGAAGAAAGUCCUGAACAUCAUCUUCAUCACUGUUGGAGUAACUCUGUUUGUAGCAGUAGUUGUAAGCGUCAUUUACUCGUUCAUCGUUGGUGAUCAAGAAUCACCAGAAUCGUCAGACGUGGUGCAACCGUCUUCCUCACCGCAAAUCUUGACGAGGAGGAGACUGUAAGGUGCGGCACUUAUAGAACACACUGCAUCUUGUCCAUGUCUGCAUGAACUCACAAACACAUUUUGAACGAUACAAUUAUCCAUGCUUUAUGAAAAUUUUAUUUACUUAAGGUGUUAUCUGUUAUCACAUUCAUUCUGAUCAAUUUAUCUAUACGUGUAACGGAUAUCCCGCUUAACAAUUCUGGAUAAAUAUUGACCGUGAAUGCAGAUGUCGACCAGUGACCUGGACAGCGAAUGCUGGUCAUCACGGAAUAAAUGUAAUUACUAGAUCAAAAUCAGUACUAUUAGUAAGCUGUGCUGUCCAUCUAUAUCCCUUAUAUAAGGAAAAUCAGUGAUGAAAUCAAGCUCAAAUGCAACUUAAGAUCAUAUCAACUUUGAAAUGAUGGCCCCCAUGCAGUCUUGGUUUUAUAAACAUCCUGUUUGCUUGGAUUCUUAUCAUAUGUUUUGAACUUAAAUAUUUGUCACGUGACCCAACUAGGCAGAGUAGUACCACAUCGGUUGAAGAUUAUGUUUGUCAUAAAAUAAUUAAAAUCUCAGUAUAACAUAUUUCAUCGCGUGCUAACGGUAUUGACAUCUUCCCAUGCAUUAAGUGAUCAGUGUCAAUAACAACGUGUUCGAUUGGUAUUUCUCUCAGAAAAGACGUCUUGUAACGUCUCAUUUGAUCCUGUGAAAGGCCUGGUUAAGGCGUUAAAUGUGGAGAUCCUUGAGCAUAUUACUUAAUUGAGGAAAGGACGCCAUAUUACCAGUUUAUAGACUUGAGAAAAUUACAAAUCUGAUAGAACAAUUCACGUACUACCGCAGCUCACUGGUGUUUCUCACUCAUUUUGAAAUGACUGUUGUAAAAAAAAAAAAAAAAAUAAAUUCUAAUACAUGUACCUUUAUUUUUUCUUUUUAAAAUUACUUUUCAUUUUCUAUAUCGAUUUAUUCAUAUGCUAUUUGAUGUUGAUUUAUUGAAAGAUAUUUCGGGCUGGAAAAAAAAAAGAUGGAAUGUAUAAAUACCAAAUUUAAGACUAACGCUCAGAAAGUCAGAUGGGCCAAAUAAUUGGAUCGAUGAAGGAAACGGAACAUUUUUUUUCCUCUCUUUUCGGUCUGAGUAUUAAAAUCGUGAAAUAGACACUCGUUUAUUUAACACAGCGAAACCAGAAAAAAAAAUACUGGAGUGAAUUAAAAGUUAUGUACAGUUUGUAUGACUUCAUGUGAAUAUUUUUAUGGUGCUUCAUUUAUAGCGCUACACUAUUCUGGUCACGUGACUUACAGAGAGACACAAGAUGGUGGGUUUUUCUGAAGAGCUGAGCUAAAUAGAAUAGUGAAUUUGUGUCUGAUUGCAUAUCGAACUAUUAACGAUUUUAUAUUUUUAUCAUGGUCUUCUUUCAAAUAAAUAUUUCAUGCAUUAUGAAAAAUUAAUAACAUUUCCGCAUACGUAUUUAUUGACACCGGUUUUGUAUGAACAGAUUAUUUCAGACGUAUAGAAAUGAAGCUAGAAAACAAUCUAUAGAUCCCCAUCCUGACAUAACAAUUUACUAAGUUUACCUUUGGAAGAUUCUAAAUAGUGCAUGGUGUAUGAAAAAUAAAACAAUAAAUCAUGUUAUAAAAGGGUUUCUGUAGAAUGAUUACAAUAAAUACUCUUUAUUUUCAGUCAUGUGGUAGUAACGCGACUUGUGCCACCAAUUCUUGAAAGGGUCAGCUGAGACAGAACGGGACUUAUGUAAAGGAGCAGCCUUCCGACAGCGUGACCAAGCCAAAUCAUAGCGCUAUCUGACGGAAUAACAAGCGAAUUUAGCCUUUGUUUUAUACAUUUUAUAUGUAGAUUCUUUUUUCUUUCAGCUACAUCGCUUAUACAAAUGUAGACUUCCACCGCACGGGACUCAAAUGAAGGCUCUGUAUAACAAAUGCCUGUCUCCAUCCUUACUAUUUAUAUUACACAAUUGAUUUUAUAACGCAUGUAAUUGAUAUAAUUCUAUUCUUUUUUUUUUUUUUUUUUUUUAAAUAUCUACUGGAUUUUAUAACGGUAUUCCUACCACGCAAUUAUCUCAAUUCUCUUCUUUAAUACAGAUAUUCUGCUUUAAAAAAUCGAUAUUCUGAUGUGAAAAUUCCCGCAGCAAACUGAAAUGUAGAAGAGACUUACUGUAGAGAAUGAAAGGUUCUAGUUUCCAGGAAACUGCAUUAAAUGUUUGUACAGUGCCUUUUCAACGGAUCGAUUUUAUGGCUUUACCUUCACUUUUUUUUUUUUAUAUGUUUUAAUAAAAAUGGAAUAAAGGGAUUACUGAAGCAA